AUGGACGACCCCUCCGGCAACCCGCCGACCCCUCCCUACUCUGUCGCACCCUCCGCCGCCGCCGCUUCCGCCGCGCCGCCGCCAAACCCUAGCGCCGGCGCCGACGACAAGCAACCCAACGGCCGCUGCUCGCGCGCUGUUCGUCCCGCAUCGCGGGGCACUGCACGCAGGCGCCGCCGCGGCGCAGAUGGCCGCGCAGGGCACCACGCCGAGGAGGGGGAAGGUACCGGCGACCAAACGGUCAAACCUCGGCCCCGCCGCCGUCGCGCCGCCGAAGAAAGCAAAGAAGCCCAUCGCCCGCCGGCCUCCUCCUCCUCCUCCGCCGCCGACCCAGCCGACCCAGCCGAACCAGGCGCCUCCUCCUCCUCCUCCGCCGCCUACCCAGCCGACCCAGCCGACGCCUCCGUCCGGCAACCGCGCGGGCGCACAUAUGGUGGAUGA